AUGAAGCAAGCCGAGCAGUCCGUCGGGUGGCACGUGUUGUGGUGGUUAUUCGGCAUCGGCUGUAUCCCCGUGACUUUUCCAUGGUUAUUAUAUCACCUUUACGACACUGUAAGGCAGAAUCGUCGGAAGGCCAGAUUGGCGGGAAAGGUUGUUUUGAUCACUGGUGCUAGUUCGGGACUCGGAGAAGCCUUGGCGCACAGUUUCUACAAAUGCGGUUGUCGCCUAAUUUUAGCAUCCCGACGAAGAGAAGAACUCGAAAGAGUCAAGGUUGCGCUGAUCAACACGCACCCCACAGUUCCCACUCACCCGCCAGUGGUUCUUCAACUGGAUAUAACAAACCUAAAUGAUGUACCAUUGGAGGUACAGAAGGUGUUGAAAAUUUAUCCUCAAAUAGAUAUAUUGAUAAAUAAUGCAGGGAUUUCGUACAGAGGAGAAGUGAUCAAUACCAAUGUCGACAUUGACAUCAAAGUCAUGCUUUGCAAUUAUUUUGGCCAAAUUGCUUUGACUAAGGCUGUCUUGCCUUGUAUGCUGGAAAGACGAUCUGGACAUGUCGUGUUUGUCAGCAGUGUUCAAGGCCGAAUUGCGAUACCUUACAGAUCGGCGUACGCUGCCUCAAAGCAUGCGUUGCAAGCAUGGUGCGACACAACACGAGCCGAACUGGCCGAGCAAAACAUCAAAAUAACAGUUGUAAGUCCCGGAUACGUAAAGACAUCCCUUUCACUGAACGCAAUAACAGGGAGUGGUGAUACUUAUGGAGUAAUGGACAAAAGUACAGAGGAAGGUUUUACACCGGAAUACGUUGCCGAACAAGUGUUGAAAGCGUUGCUUAGAGAGGCGAGUGAAGUUACAGUUGCUACGUUUGUGCCAAAAGCUGCAAUCCUUCUGCGCUCGGUUCUUCCUUCUGUGUAUUUUUGGCUCAUGAGAAAACGGGCCAAGACGGUGGCAAAAGAUAAGUAGUCAUAAACAAUUGAAUUUUCUGCAAUAAUGCAAGAAAUUGGAUCAAAAUUGUGACACACAAUUAUUGAAAAUGCAACGAUGGUUCUGAGAAUCGAAUUAAUAAAAAACUCGAAAGAUAGGCCAAGAGAAAGAAUAGCUUUACAUGGAGGUGAACUGCUUCAAGAAUUCUAUCUGUGUAUAGUAUCCGACGUCGAAUGAUGGAAAACUCGUAACUGCGUUAGUCAUUCAGAUUCGUACAAUUAGUAAAUGAAAUUUUUUAUACACAGUAUUAGGAUAAAAGAAAGAUUCGAAGGAAUGUAAAUAUUAUAUAAAUUAAUAUCGUUUACGUUUUUAUUUUUUGCAAUGAAAAUUCUUUACUGUAACCAUCAAGCGCCUUGAACCACAUUCAUGCAAUUUGUCUAAUACACUUCCGUAUUUUUUGUCAGUUGGCAAUCAAAACACAACGUGUACUAUUUAAAACUAUAUUUUAUUAUUAUAAUUAUUAUGACACAGGCCCCAAAUUAAUAGGGCAUGUUUACAUUUUAUGUACACGUUAAGACUAUGGACCCGCGAAUUUUUUCUUGCUUUCUUAUUUUUUAAAUUAUUUUCACUAAUUAUCGGGCUAAAACAGUUUACAUUUCUAUAAAAAUUGACGCACCAUUGGCGACCAUCGCUUGAAAAAAAAACAGAUAAUAUUUGGCAAUUUGAUAUGGUAUAACGGAUAUCUUAUUCAGUUUUGGGAUGAGGUUAAAGGCAAUUAUCAAUGCUAGACAUUAGCAAAUAUUAGACUCAUUCAGGAACUCUUGAUUUAUUUCACUGAGGAGAAUGAGGAGAAGUUAUAUGGAAACAUUUUCUAUUGAUAAAAUAAAUGCAAGCAAAUUAAUUGCGACUGUCAAAACCCAUUCAAAUUAAAGCAGAUAUAUCGUCAACAAAUAUGUCCUUCAAAAUGCAGUUUUUUUAAGCAGAGGAAAAUCUGUUCAUAGUUACAGAGAAAAGAAAGAGUGUUAUAUUCAAUGCCAGAUAGUAUAGGGAUAACAGAAUUCAGCUUGACUGGAUAACUUUUUGAAAGAUUCUAUAGAAUAAUAUUCAGAAAGACUCGUGAAAUUCACAACAAUUCAGCCACCCAUUCGUACAGUUUUCUUGCGUGGCUUUAUAUUGUUAUAUAUUUUGAAUACUAUUCUUCAAUGUGCUCGUAUCCUUAUUCAUUGCACAUAGUUAGAAACAAAGAAAAAAAAAUUACAAUCAACUGUGCUUGUAUUCCAAUCCCAAAAUUUUUUAGGGUAUUUUUUGUUCGAGAUAGACUCGAGUUUCAUAUUGCUUUCCGAUAAGCUUGUCAAACUCUCUUGCCAGAUUGGUUCUCCACCAUUAGCUAUCAAUAGUAUUUAUUUUUUGUGACGAAUAUUCUUUAGUAUGUUAUUAGCACUUUAUCUAUAGCUGCAAAGUCGCAUGUCUGCAAAUCUAAUAACACGUUGAGAUAUAUCCUCGUGAUUUAUUGUUUGCAAAGAGUUGGUUAAUUUAAACAUUUAUCAUUUGAUAUUUUCGUUGUAGAUAACAAGAACGGUUUUGUUUCUACAAUCUUAGUACACGCUGUUUGCAAUGCGUGAAUAGUAAGAGAGAAAAAUAAAACAAGAAAAUUAUAAAACGCGCGUGAAAUGCUAACUGAUCCAAGUAGGAAACAAAUAUGAAUAAAAAUCGAAGAGGCGUGAAGAAUACCUCCUGUUUAUGCGAGUACGUACUGUAAAAAUAAAAGUGAUACUACAAUCUCAUUCGAAUUGGAAUCAUGUAGCUUGUACAUUUUUUCUAUAAUAGUGUGCGUGUGUGUGGUUUGAACAGAACUUUAAUACGAUUUUCAGAUGAUUUGUUGCAUAAUUUCUUUUAUUUAAAAGAAGGAUUCGCGAUGACAAUUGAGAACUCAUUAUAUUUUAAAGGGAGUAGAACGUCGCGUAAAAA